UUUGGUUCGUCCCCCGCCGCUGAAGGCAUCGCAGCUAUGGCCUCACGCAGCGCUGGGACGCUCCUCACUCAAAACAACGCAGUCUAUGUGCCGCCGGGGCUCAUGCCUGGGUACCGUGGCCAUGUCCCUAACAUAGCCUUUUCCUUUGGUGACACCUAUGGAAAUACCACCAUGAAAUAUUUCCAAGAUUUCCGAAGUGCUGCCAUGGAAACCAGCUUUAGUCCGUACAGCAAAGGGGGCCAGUUCCCAACCCUUUUCUCGCGUGACCCAUCUCUUGUGAUUGGGGCAAGGGCAAGAGGCUGGGAUCGAUGGCUACAUACCCCUAAUUACUCCCGUUUCAAUUUGGAUAUGAACCGCUCAGAAGAAUUGCAAGAGUUCUACAAACUUUCUCAGAUGCAUCGUGAAAAUUACAGAGAUAAGACGGGGACAGUGCACCUGGUACCAUGCUUUGUGCUGCCUAUGAAAGAGAAAGACAAGUACCCUCAUCCUCUUGAUCUCCCACCACUGAGUGCCAAAUCAAUGUGGCAUCUCCAUCGCAUCUCGCCAAACAAUCUACGGACAUACCAGACUUUCCCCUCAGGAAAGAGAGUAAGUUCACAGGAGAGAGCAGUCCGAGACAGCUUUUUUGAGUUCAGAGCCUGAGUGAAGAAUGCUUCCAUUACUGUACAGCCCUUGAGAGGAAAGUCAGAGCCUGGGAG